AUGGAAGACGUUGAAAAUGUUUGGUUAAAGCCGAUCGACGUGAUGAAAAGAAGGCGUUUGAAAUUAUUAUCCCAAAGAUCCAAUCCAGAUUUCGACCCGAUAUCCAUAAUUUCAAAUUUCAACUCAUCAACGAACGCCAUUUUAUCUAACUCCACUAAUCUGAAAAAAAAUUUGAAAAGGAAAAAUCCAUUUUCGUGCGGUAAAAAUGAAGAAAGUGACAACGAAGAUGACAAAAUGAUUAAAAAGAAGAUAUUAAAAAAUGAUGUCAAUAAUAAAGAUGACAUAUGUGAUAUAAUUUCGAGUUAUCAUAAAAAUGACGAUGACGAGUGUGAAGAUGGUGAGAGAAAUUUUCAGGAAAAAUCUAAAAAAGUCUUCUUGAGUAUUGAAAAUUUUGGAAAUUCUGCCAGUUUACAGAAUCCUGAUGAAACUUCGGUGAAAAUUUAUGAAGAAAAUGUCUCAAAAGUGGUGAAGAAGCCUGAGAUAAAGAAUAGAAAUUCUAGCCACAAACUUCCAAUGGAUAGAAUUCUGAAAAGUAAGCUUAGAUUCUUGAUCCCGUCAGAGCACGUGAAUAAAAUAUGGCCGAUAAUCGGGACUGACGAAUCUCUGGGCGUGUCUAACUUCCUAACUGAUAAUAUGGGAUUGAAUAAAAACGUAAAACAAAGUUUACAAUGUUCAUCAAUGUUUUAUCAGUUCCCAUCCAUACCCUGGCUACAGCUCUUUCCAAGGAUGAAUAUUAGACAGAAGAUACCAAAUGAUAUGCCACUUCCUAAAACAGCUGAGAAAAUGAUCUUCUCUAAUUGGUGUGAGAGUAUGACCUCAUCAUUCCAAAACAUCAAGCAAGAUAUCUGCCCAUACAUGUACAUCUGCUGCCACCAUAUGACCAUCCUAUUUACAAAACAACCACAGCUGCAACAACCGCAGCAACUGCAGCAGCCGCAACUGCCACUGCCGCAACUGUCACAGCCACAACUACAGCAGCCACAACUACUUAUUCAGCAGCCAGAGCUGCUGCAACAACAUCAGCAGCGAGAACUAAUUGUUGUAAUAACGCCCACAACCAGAGGUUUCAGGAAAUCUUUGGAUGAUGAAAGUAUAGAGUAUUCUAUACCAUUUCUGAACAAAAAUAGCAUUUCUUCAAAGAACCCAGAGGAGAACUACAGAAGGAUUGAUUACAGACCCGCAUCUACGGUCCUCAUAGAUGGCAGUAGUGACUGCGUCGCCUUUUUCAAUUUCCUUCUCAACUCGCCCAACAUCAUUUCAUCGGUUGGACACCUGGCCACCAUUCCCCCAACCAUUUUGGCGCCUUCUGCUUUUAAGGGUGCCUCUUUGCAGAGUCUUAAGAUUCUAAAUAAAGGAGAGAUAUACAACAAGACGUCAUCAUCGUCAUCGUCAUCAUCUUGCUCGUCAUCAUCAUCGUCACAACCAUCAUCAUCAUCGGAGCCCAGCAAACAUCAAAAGAGAUCUAUCUUAGAAAUUUUGGGGCCAAUAUUGCCUAAUAAUUUUGAAAAUAUUUUAAGCACCCUUGCUUCUGCUUGCGACGAAUAUAGCUGCUCUGUUACUAAUUUAGACGAAACUACCUCAUUCAAUUGUCUCAACUACGGUGGUUCUCAAAAGGUGCCAGAAGAAAGUGACUCGAAAUUAGUUAAAUGUUAUGGUGUUGGUGAUAAAAAUAGAGAAGAUGCUGGCUUAGUUUUACACUCUACUGCUAUUAAGAGUGUUGAAUAUAAGGAUAAUCUCUAUACAUGGGAUCUAUCUGUUUAACAUUUUUAUGUAAUUUUUUACGCUCGUUCGUUUGUUUGUGUGUAUAUUUAAUGCAUGUAUGUAUAUAUGCAUGUGUGUGUGUAUGCAUGUAUGUAUGCAUGUAUGUAUGUAUGCAUGCAUGUAUGUAUGUAUGUGGGUCUGUAUAGUUUAUGUUAUUUUUAAUUUGUAUUUAGAUAAUUGUUUGCCAUAACUGUUGCAUUAUUGGGUGACUGGUUAUGUUUGUUUCUUUUUUUUCUUCUUGUAUAUUUCAAUUUCAUGUAUUUCCUUGCAAUGUGAUGAAAUUUGGACCGUUUAAAGUGACAAAUUUUUGUUUGUGUCCGGUUUGCCCUGUACAAACAUUGAAAACAACUUUAUUUUUAUCAUCUAAUUGGCAAUAUUUCUCAAUUUUUCUUCAUUUUUCUAGACUUAAACUAUUCCUUUGUAAAUAUUGAUUAAGAUGUGCUUUAUAAUUAACGAAUUUGAGUUCACUGUGUGUGUUAUUACUAUAACAUAGGACACUGUUUUUUUGAAUAUUUUACUGGUUACCUAAACAAAGGUGCAACAGAUAAAAGAAUACUUGUAUCAACGUAUGAUUUAAGCAACCAAUUUCUACGAGACUAGAAUGUAAAAUAUUCAUUAAAUAAAAUCAAAUGAUAAUAUCGAUCUA